CAGGAGGUGUCUGUGCAGAAACUAAAUCCGGACUCAUACUGAGGAAGUGAUGGGAGUCACCCAUGGGAAGAAGAGAGAUCUCCAACAUUCUUCAGGGACACACCUGAAUGGGUCUGCCUCAGUAGUGCAGACACACCAAACUGAACAGCAAGACCGAUGCCCAGAGUUUCGGGUUCCUCCGUCCCAUCUCCAGAGUGAGGAGGAGAGCAGUGAUCUCAUCAAACCCCAGAAACCUCUCAAUCCUUUAUCGGCCUCCAGGAGUCACCAGGAGCUCCACAAAGAACUGCGGAUGACCCACAAGAGGAGAGUGACUAAGGAAGGAAAGACUGAACUCCAGAGAGCUUUAGAGAAGAGGAGAUGGGAACAGAGGACGAAGGCGAGCAGGGAUCAGGAGGAGGCGAAGAAGAACAGAUCACCACUUCAUCAGGAGCUGCUGAAAAGACAUCAGAGGCUAGAAAAGCUGGAGAGAGACAAAGGACAGCAGCAAGAGCGUGACGGGCCAGAGUUCCUCCAAGUUAAAGAGAGACUGAGAAGAACUGCAAUGUUGGAUGCAGGAGGAGAAGUGUGACACUUAUGAUUUGUGAUCGUAUAUGCACGUUUUCUGUUGAUGGACUGCUAGGGAGAAGUGACUUGAUUAACUGAGCAAAGGCCCAAGAGGCACUAAAGGAGCAGUCACUGGAUGUGUCAUAUAUACAGUAGCUACAUGUAUCAGUACUGAAUAUAUUUUCCCCCAAUGAUACAAACAGAAUUCACACUGUUUAAUAUGUGUUACCAUUUUGUAGCAUGUUGUUUAUGUGUCUGUAUGACAUGUCUGCUGCUUACAUACUACGCUACAAAACACAAUUUUCUAUGUUGUAGUGAAGACUGACAGACUUUUACAAUUUAACAAAGUGUUUUUUGGUAUUCACUUUUCAC